AUGAAGAUAGCAGAAAAAGAUACGAAACCGACAGAGAAGUCACCUAAACCGGUCACAAAAAAUGGAGGCAUCGAAAAGAACAAAAAGAAAGAAGAUUUCGAAGUUCGCAUUCCUCGAAUUAUCGUUCGAAAUCUUAAUUUCAAAGUCAAUGAAGAUCAAUUGAAAAAAGCAUUUGAAAAAAUAAAUGCGACAAUUAAUAAUACUUCUAUCGUUAAGAGAGAUGGUCAGUCGAAAGGAUUUGGUUUUGUAACUUUCGAGAAGCUUGACGAUGCACAAAAAGCAAUAGAAGAAAUGAAUGGUAAAAAACUACUAGGUCGGCCAAUGGCUAUCGAUUGGUCCUUACCAAAAAACGUCUAUGAAAAAAUGCACACAAAAGAAACACCAUUAAUCAAAAGAGAUAGUUAUGGCAUUCACUCGAAUUCGAAACAAGCAGGAAUGAAACAGGAACCAGAAGAAGAACAUGGUGAUGAGCAAGAAGAUAUGAUCGAAGAUGAAGAAGAAGACAUGGAUGAAGAUGACGACGGCGACGAUGAUGAAGAGGAAGAAGAAGAAGAAGAAGAAGAAGAAUCAAAAACAAGAACAAAGGAAAGUAGUCGUGAUGUUCGUGAACAUCGUACAUUAUUUGUUCGUAAUGUGCCAUUUGAUGCGACUGAAGACGAUUUGAAAAAUAUCUUAUCAUCAAAUGGUCAACGUCGUAUUGUAUCAUGUCGAUUAGUCAUUGAUCCAGUAUCUCGACAUCCCCGUGGUAGUGCAUUCGUACAAUUUGCUACAUGUGAAGAUGCUCAAGCAUGUUUAAAUUUACCAUUUACACUUCGCGGACAAGAUUUACAAGCUGAUUUGGCAUUAGGCCGCGAUGAACUUGUUAAAGCAAAGGAAUUACGCGAUCAAAAACAAGAAAAUAAUAAAAAACAUGAUCAACGUAAUUUAACGCUUGGAAAUUAUGGCGUUAUAUUGAAUAUAGACGAGUUGGAUGGCAAUGAAACUGAUUUGAAGAAACGACAAAAACUAGAAGAUAUUAAAAAAGAAAAACUUAAAAAUCCGUUACAUUUUAUUUCACCAACGCGUCUUACUCUUCAUAAUUUACCGAAGCAUGUUGAUGAUAAUAUAUUAAGAAAACUUAUUAUUGAUACAUUAACGAAUGAUAAAGUACCAAAGAAAGAUAUUAUUCUUAAAGAAUGCCGAGUGAUGAAAACAAGCAAAGAUGCAAAAAAGUCUCUUGGUUUUGGAUUUGUCAGUCUUGCUCGUCAUGAAAUAGCAUUACGAAUAAUUGAAUUACUUAAUAAUAAUAAGUUAGUAUUUGGUUCAAAUCGACGGCCGAUCGUUCAAUUUUCAAUUGAAAAUCGUCGUGCUUUACAAUUGAAAGAAGAACGAAUUGAACGAAUAAAAGCAAAACAAGAAUUAUUAAAAAAUCCAUCAGAUAACAAAAUAGCAUUUGAAACGAAUAAAAAGAAAAAGCAGGCAACACCAUUAUUAGACCAACGAACUAAUAAAAUUCGUCUCAGUGAUAUUAUUAAACAAGCAGUAAUUAGUGAAGAACUGAAUAAUACCAUCAAUGAUGAUGACCACUCGAUGGAAGUUGAUAAUAAUGCGAAAUUUACGAUUAAAUCAACUUAUGAUCAGAAGAGAAAAAACAAGAAGAAACGAUCAAAAACAAAGUCCAAGGGGGAGAUACGGGACAACCUUGAUCGAAUGAUUGCUAGCUCGAGAAAUAAAAAAUCACUACCGCAAAAGACGAAGCAAAAAUGGUUUGAAUAA